AUGGGUCAGAUUCUGUCGACUCUCUCGGGCGGCGGCGGCGGCCAAGUCAUCGAAACCGACGUUGCCGAAGCUCGCAAGGCUGUCGAGAAGCAGCUCGCCGACAAGGAGGCCGAGAUCGCGUCUCUUGAGGAGAAGCUCGCCGACAAGGACAAGGAGCUGGCUGCGUCCAGAGUGGAAUUGACAAACCUCGCUGACGAGGCUCAGGCUCUCCGGGCCAAGAUCGAUGACCUCAACAAGAACAACCAAGAACAGCUCGCCAAGCUUCAAGCCGAGCUCCAGCAGAAGAGCGACGAGGCCGAAAAGCAGAGUAUCCUCGCGGCUGCUAAUGCCGCCAGCGUGAAGGAGCUCGAGGCUGUAAAGGCCCAGCUCGCCGAGGCCGAGGCAAAGCUCAAGUCGCAAGAGGAAAGUAAUGCGACGCUUUCCGAAGAGAUCCUCUCCGUCAAGGCACAGCUCGAACAAGCGAGCAGUGAGCAGGGUUCCAUCGUUACUUCCCUGAAGGAAGAGCUGGAGUCUGUCAAGAAGCAAUUGGAUACAUCAACCGAGAAGGGCCAGGCUGCCGAGGCCAGGCUCGCCAAGCUCGCUGAGGAGCUGGCUACUGCCGGAGAGGAGCUUUCGAAGCGGCAGGGGGCCCUCUCUUCGUCCCAAGAGCAACUGAAGACUCUCCAACAGACCCACGAUGACCUUCAGAAGAGCUCGGACGAGAGCACUGCAUCUGCAAAAGCUGAGCUUGCCGAAGCCCAGAAAAAGAUUACGGAGCUGGAGUCAGCGCAUGAUGCUCUCAAGUCGACCGCCAAGGAGGACUUGGGUGCUGCCCAGCAGGAUCUCACGAAGGCCAAGGAAGAGCUUGCCGCCUUGCAGAAGAAACACGACACUCUCGUCAAGUCGUCUGAGGACGGUGCCUCUUCGUCUCAGAAGGAGCUUGUGGAUGCUCAAGAGAAGCACGAAAAGCUUCAGGAAUCCUACGACGCCCUGAAGCAGGACCUCGAGAGCCAAUUGACGUCGCUAAAGAACGAGCUCGAGUCUGCCAAGAACAACGAGACUGAGCUUCAGGCGGCCCACGACAAGCUCAAGCAGGAGCACGAAAGCAAUGUUUCAUCGGCUAGCAAGGAUGUUGCCGAGUUGAAGACCAAACAUGCAAGUCUUCAGGAGGCGCACGACAAGCUUGCAGCUGAGAUUGAGACUGCCAGGAAGGAUGCUACCACUGCCGCGCAGGACAAAGAGGCUCUGCAGAAGAAGUAUGAGGCAGAGCUGGCCAAGGCUCAGUCAGAGCUUGAGAAGUCUGUCCAGGACCUGGCCGCAGCCAAGGAGGCUCAGUCUAAGCUGCAGACCGAGUCUGGCGCAGUAGCCGACAAAUCGAAGGCAGAGAUCUCAGCACUGGAGGAGAAAGUUAAGGCCGCUGAAAACGAGAUAAAGCAAGCUAAAGCUGACCUCGAAGUUGCUUCGAAGAAGAGUGCCUCAGAGCUCGCCGCUGCGGAGGAGAAGAACCAGGCAGCAAAGACGGCCCAGGAGCAGCUGCAGACAGAACUCAAGACGGCCCAAGACGAGAAGAAUAAGCUUGAAAAAGACCUUGCCGCAGCGGGAGAGGCCCAUGCAAAGGUCAAGGCUGACCUGGACGCCGCAGUGGCGAAGACCGAGACCGAGGUCGCAGCAGCACAGGACAAGGCUAAGGCAGCUGCUGAGGAGUGCAAGAAGCUCCAGAAGGACCUUGCCGCCGCGGUCGAAGCCCAGACAAAAGCAGAGGCGGCUAGGGAUCAGUCGUCCAAGGAAGCCGCCGCUGCUCAGGAAAAGGUAGAUGCUACUGAGAAGCAGAGCCUCGCCCUGCAGAAGCAGUCGGACGAGCAAGCUGCGAAACUGACUGAGCUUGAAGCUCAAGUGUCCAAGGGUGCCGAUGGCCUCAAAUCUGCUGAGAGCUCGAACAAGUCUCUGCAGGACAAGAUUUCGACGCUUGAGUCGGAGAAGACGGCCGCCGAGUCUUCGAAGUCUGAUGCUGAGGCCAAACUCAAGGAGGCUCUCGCGAACAUUGAGCGUCUCGAGGCCGAGAAGAAGUCGGCGGUCGAGCAAGCAGAUGUUUUUAAGAAAGAGCUCGCUGCUGAGAAGGCUAAGAAGGACGCUGUCGCCCCUGCUGCUGAGGAGUCGAAGCCGCCAAUCGUCGAGGAAGCGACUGCUGUUGAGGCUGCGGCUUGA